AGCAGCAGCAGCAGCAGCAGCAGCGGCGGCGCAGCAGCGCAGAGCAGAGCAGAGCAGCUGCGCACUGACGGUCGCAGGAUGCGCGUCUUUUUCCUCAUCUGGACUCUCGGGCUCCUGCUGAAGGAGGCGCACGCAUGGGGCUUCAAGAACGGAAUAUUUCAUAACUCUAUAUGGCUCGAACAAGCAGCUGGAGUCUAUCACCGGGAAUCGCGCAAAGGGAGAUACCAGCUGACGUAUAAAGAGGCCAAAGCUGUCUGCAAAUACGAGGGAGGGAGCCUGGCCACUUAUGAACAACUGGAGGCAGCUCGUAAAAUAGGUUUCCAUGUGUGUGCAGCUGGGUGGUUUGACAAAGGACGUGUCGGCUACCCCAUCGUCAAAGCUGGCGUAAACUGUGGCUUUGGAAAGGUUGGCAUCGUCGACUACGGAUACAGGCUGAACAAAAGUGAGAGAUGGGAUGUGUACUGCUACAACCCACACUCCAAGGAGUGUGGAGGGGUGCUGACAGAUCAGCAGAGGAUCAUUCAGUCUCCGGGCUUCCCUGAGGAGUACCAGGAUGAACAGAUCUGCUCCUGGCACAUCCGAGUGCGUCUGGGCCAGAGGAUCCGCCUCCACUUCCUGGAGUUUGACGUGGAGGAUGACACAGCAUGUCUGGCAGAUUACCUGGACGUGUAUGACAGCUACGAUGACAUCUCGGGCUUUGCUGGGAGAUUCUGUGGCGAUUAUUUACCUGAUGACAUCAUUAGCACAGGAAACGUGAUGACACUAAAGUUCCUCUCUGAUGCUUCAGUUACAGCCGGAGGCUUCCAGCUACAAUAUACUGCCAUUAAUGCAUCUCUCUUCUCAUAGAAUUAUACCCACCAUCUUCACCCCCCAAUGGUUUCAUGCACUGAUGUAACCCUGUUACUGUAUUUAUGAUGUUACUGGUUAGCUCAUGUACUGUAUUUAAUGUAGAUGAUGAAAUAAAGUCAAUAAACAUUCAGUUUUACAUUGUAGAAGAAAAAUGUAGGCUCACUAGAAAGUCAGUUAAUACCAUUCGAAUGAAAAUUCACCCUCAGUACAGUUGUCAUGAUGUGAUGAACGGGGAAAUUAGCUAUAGAGACCAAAACUGUUUUUUGUACCAGACUGUAAACAUGUUUAUUUCUGCUGUGAAGUUGGAACGUGAGGGGCUAUGGAGACUGACUCACUUCUGGAGCCAGCCUCAAGUGGACGAGAAGAGGAGCUGAAGUUUUUGGUGCAGUUAUAGUAUAAUAUUUUAGAGGUUUUGUUUGUAUACUGUUUAGAAUAUGAAGUAUACAUUUACAUGGUUCGUUGUUGCAUUGUAAUCUACAGUCUACAAUCUAUCAAAGCCACAAGCAUUAACAAUGUGAAUCAACACGUGUGAAGAUGUGGAAUAAAUAAAACUUUAAAAUUCUU